AUGGAUCGAUACAAUAAUCAUCGACCGCCUUCCUCUAUGCGCAGCUCAAUCAACUCCGUCAACUUCAAUCAUGUCGUGGCCACAGUCACACCACCCGCUUCCCCUCCAGCAUAUCCAUCAUAUCCACUCAGCCCUCCAAGCAAGAGCGCAUCAAUAAGCGCGACAACUACAAGCCCGGAACCACCUGGUAGAACAACAUCUGAAAACAGCACACGCCGACCGCAUAGCAAUGCUUUGAUUGAGGCGGCAAAGAUCAGAGUUCAGGAUGAGCAAGAAAUGCAAGACAUGCUUCACAGCGUUCAACUAUCUAGUCAGGUCUGGAAUGCCGAGAUCGAGCCCGAACAUGAGACAAAUGAACUCUGUGAAUGUGCCGUGCACAAGUACCAGAAACGGAAGAUUGAUCGCCUUCAAACCCAGGAGAUGUGGUCCAAAGCCGUGAUAUACCCCGGGGAAAAGCCAUACGACGACUGUACCCACUUGCGCCUGCUCAAGAACAACCCAUAUUCAACCGUGAUUAUCUCGCCGUAUGGACUCCCAGGAGCAACGCUAUCUGGAAAUGUCCGACCCGAUCCACAAAAUCAUGCAACCUUCCUCCAACAGAUGAUAGCACUGGAUGCGAGUCUGAAUGCAAAGGCAAAAAUCGCUGUCCAGGCCCUGGAGCCAUCCUUCAACAUCUGGGAUCUUGAGCAUCUAGAGUCUUUGGUAUCAAAUAUGUCCAAUGGCCAUAACCAAACUGAUAAACCGUCAAAGCGUGCCAGUAUAAAGAAAGCUCUGUCCGUUAAGAGCUCUGAUGAAAGAGCUGCCGGAAAUUUUAAAAAAAAGUUUUCUGGGGGACUCGAACGUCGUCAGGAAAUCCUCACAGAAGAGGAGGGUCGAUGGCAAGACGACUACGAUAGACACGUUGUAACGGUCUAUCAGCAGACGGUUGGAAUCUCUCUGAAAGUCUACGAGCUUCGAACGCAUCAGCCUCUGCAAUAUCUUCACCUCCUACGUGCAGGCUAUUUUGAGCCUAUUCCUAUAUCCUGGAGUGAAGAAACAAAGACCUCGAAUCCCUUGAGGUUCUCCAUUGAUGCUGCUGUAGGGUGGCGAGGGGUCACGCCUGCAUGGAGAGGCUAUGACAACACCGCCGAGGAACGAUUGUACUGGACCCUGAGCAACCGAGAUACAGGUGGUGUUGUUAUAAAGCCCGACAUUGUUUCAGCGCUAGACAUGGCUCGCACUCGAUUGGACUCGGCAGUGGAUAUACCACCAGCAUACUAUGAUCCUGAGGAUAUCUGUCAUACCCAGAAUACCUCUCAUGGUUACUCAAAACAGGUCAGGUCCUCUUUCAGAUGGAACACCCCAAUGUCGCAGACGGACGAGACAAUGAUUUUACUGGAUGUUUCGGGCUCUAUGGACUUCAGCCCUGCACGACCAAACUAUAACCAGUCUCUCAUUACAGGCUUUGUCAAGACCAGUCAGCCAAAGAAUAAAGACCUUGCAAAAGCGAUAAUUCGUCGCUUUAUCCACUCACUGGGGAAUCAUGACCAAGGAUGGCAAGGCUAUCCACUGAUCACUUUUUCCAGCCAAGCCAACUACUUAGGGACCGUCAAUGGAUGGAAUAUGAAUGAAUUAUGGGAAAAGGUCAAAUUUGGUGGACGGACACGAGUCAUGACAGGGUGGGCAAAGAUAAAGGAACUGCAUUUCCAAAAACACUUCAACACAGCAAAGUAUCAUCCAAUCUAUGGAUGGCAGCCUGGUCCAGAAACACCCAACCUACGACUACUUCUAAUACUUGACGGCGAAGCAAGCGACAUGGAUGAAUUCGAACUCGAGCUUCUGGGUCUCUCUUGGGCAUAUACUACCAUAUUCUUGAUUGGUGUUGAAGGCAGUCUCAGUCACCAUCGGCAUGCAAACAAGCUACAAAGAAUUAGCGAGGUCAAUCCCCGAAUCUCCUUUGUUGAAGCCCAAGGAAACGUUGCAGAGCGUUUCAUCCUCCAUGAACUGCUCAAACGACACCUCGGUCGCGAGCUUUCAAUGGCCGAGCUCAGAGAUUUACAGCAUUCCACAGCUGAACUGCCCUCACCGGAGCAAAUUCGUUAUGAUAGGCGUCAAUCAGCCGGAACCCAGCUUGAGCAGGUGCCUGUGGAGCUGCCAUCGCUAGAAGAAACGCGACACUGGCAGAUUCAACAGCACCUUGUGCCGUUGCACGUACCGUCUACACCAUUGGUUGAGUUGAGAUCUGAUCGGGAUCCGAUUGAAUUGCCCGCUUCUGAGCCACCAUCGUCACCGUCGUCACCUUCGUCCCCGCCGCGAUAUACUCCGUUUCCUCGCCAACCAGCCCUUGGAGCAUCUAGUCUCCCGCUCACACGUCCACGUCCAUUGCAUCACGGAUAG